AUGAUCUCGAGAUCGUCCCUCGCGAGAACUGCGCAGCAGGCCGCUCGCCGGUCCAGCGGUGUCCAGCGACGAACCUUUGCCGCUGCUGCGUCGACCGGAUCGUACGAGACCUCGGAUGUGACAGGGCUCAAGAUCGCCUCGCGAGACGCCCACGGACCGACCACGAAGCUCGCCAUCGUUGCCAAGGCCGGUACUCGAUUCCAGCCGCUCCCUGGCUUGACUGUUGGAUUGGAGGAGUUCGCUUUCAAGAACACCCAGCGACGGUCUGCUCUUCGCAUCACUCGCGAGUCUGAGCUGCUCGGUGGUCAAUUGGCCUCCUCGCACACCAGGGAGGCUGUUGUUCUUGAGGCCAGCUUCCUCCGCGAGGAUCUGCCCUACUUCGCCGAACUGCUGGCCGAGGUUGUUUCUCAGACCAAGUACACCACCCACGAGCUCCACGAGGAGGUUGAGCGCGUUCUCCGCCUCAAGCAGAUCGCUCUCAAUGCCAAUGUCUCCGCUAUCGCCCUCGACAACGCCCACGCCGUCGCCUUCCACUCUGGUCUGGGUUCCUCCCUGUACCCUGCUUCCUCGACUCCCUUCCAGAAGUACCUGAACGAGGAUUACAUCGCCAGCUUCGCCGACGUUGUUUACUCCAGGCCCAACAUCGCUGUCGUCGCCGACGGCGCCGCUCCCGAUGCCCUCUCCAAGUGGAUCGGCCAGUUCUUCAAGGACGUGCCCGCUACCCCUCGAAGCGGCCAGACCCUGAAGACCGAUGCCAGCAAGUACUUCGGUGGUGAGCAGCGAACGAGCCACACUGCUGGCAACUCCGUCGUCAUUGCUUUCCCCGGCUCCAGCUACAACUCUGCCAAGGCUGAAAUUGCCGUUCUUGCCUCCCUUCUUGGCGGCGAGUCUAGCAUCAAAUGGACCCCUGGCUUCAGCCUCCUCUCCAAGGCCACCGCCGGCACUGCCGGUCUCUCCGUCUCUACCUCCAACCUCACCUACUCCGACGCUGGUCUCCUGGCUGUUCAGCUCUCUGGCCCUGCCGCCUCCGUCCGCAAGGGCGCCGAGGAGACCGUCAAGGUUCUCAAGAGCAUUGCCGCAGGCACUAUUGCUAAGGAGGAUGUUUCCAAGGCUAUUGCCAACGCCAAGUUCAACGCCCUGGACGAGGCCCAGACCCGCCAAUCCAGCAUCCUCCUGGCUGGCUCUGGUCUCGUCAACAGCGGCAAGGUCUACGAGACCGCUAGUCUCGCCAAGGCUAUCGACGCUGUCACUGCUGAGAAGCUGACCACGGCUGCUAAGGCCCUUCUCGCUGGCAAGGCCACUGUCUCUACCGUUGGUGACCUCUUUGUGCUCCCAUAUGCCGAGGAGCUUGGUCUUCAGGUAUAG